AUGGGGACACUUCACUACCUAGGACACUCUCAUACGUGCAUGUAUCCACAGUUCCAAAACCUAAACUCAGAUUUCACAAGAAAGGCAGAUUGAGGGAACCUGAAGUUAAAAGAAUUGCUGAAGAAGAAAGCAAACGAAAACGUGACCGUGCUGAUGCUUGUGUGGGACGAUAAGACAUCUCAAGAAGCGUUUAGAAGAGACGGGUUGAUGAUGACUCAUGAUCAAGAAACGUACGAUUACUUCAAGAACACGAAAGUUCGUUGCGUUCUCUGUCCCCGGAAUCCGGAUAACGGUGAGAGCAUUGUUCAAGGGUUUCGGAUCGCUACGAUGUUCACUCACCAUCAGAGCCCGAAAACCAAUCUGGUGGACGGUAAAGUGGAAGGUUCGAGAGCCAAGAGAGGGAUUGGAUAG